UUCCGGUUCCGGUUUCAACUCCUGGGCCCCGCGGUACGCAGCUAUGGCGUACUCCACCGUGCAGAGAGUGGCUCUGGCCUCCGGGCUCGUCCUAGCUGUAUCGCUGCUGCUGCCCAAGGCCUUCUUGUCCCGCGGGAAGCGGCCGGAGCCGCCGCCGGGCCCCGAAGGAAAACUGGGCCGAUUCCCACCUAUGAUGCAUCACCACUCAGCACCCUCAGAUGGUCAGAUGCCUGGGGCUCAUUUCCAGAGGUCCCACCUUGCAGAGGCCUUUGCAAAGGCCAAAGGAGCAGGUGGAGGUGCUGGAGGAGGGGGUAGUGGAAGAGGACUGAUGGGCCAGAUCAUUCCAAUCUAUGGCUUUGGAAUUUUUUUGUACAUACUGUACAUUCUAUUUAAGCUUUCAAAGGGGAAAACUGCAGAGGAUCGGAACUGCUCCACUGCCCCACCUGGGAACUCCCACAGGAAGAUUACCAACUUUGAGCUUAUACAGCUGCAAGAAAAACUAAAAGAGACAGAAGAAGCCAUGGAAAAAUUAAUCAAUAGAGUGGGACCUAAUGGGGAGAGCAGAGCACAGACUGUGACAUCUGACCAAGAGAAACGAUUAUUGCAUCAGCUCCGAGAAAUCACCAGAGUCAUGAAAGAAGGCAAGUUCAUUGACACUUCUACUCCAGAGAAGGAAGCCGAGGAAGCCCCUUACAUGGAGGACUGGGAAGGUUACCCUGAAGAGACUUAUCCAGUGUAUGACCUUUCCGAUGGUAUCAAGUGUAGGCAAGAAACAAUCCUGGUGGAUUACCCUGAUCCGAAAGAGCCCUCUGCUGAAGAAAUAGCUGAACGGAUGGGAGUGAUGGAAGAGGAAGGGUCAGAGCAUUUGAGCUGGGAUCAUUUGUCCACUGACCCUGGAGCCCAGAAAGAUAAUUCUGUCACCCUGUGUGAUCCUAAACCAGAAUCAUGCUCCUGCUGUUUUCAUGAAGAGGAGGAUCCUGCUGUCUUGGCAGAGAAUGCUGGUUUCAGUGCAGAUGGCUACAGUGAGCAAGAGGAAGCCACCAAGGAAGACUGGUCCCAAGACUUUACAAAUGAAGGGUCAGGGAUCAGCACUGAUAGUACACACAUGGGUGGCAUGUUGAGGAAGCGCAACCCUCAGAGUUUAGAGUGAAAGCAGCCUGUUUGAUGAAGUAUCCAUUACUCUAUUCCCAAGGUAUCUUUCCUGAAUUUCAUCCAUGGCCCUGUGCCCUUUACUUCCUUCUCAGUGUUCAGAAUCAUAGUUGUUGGGCCACUGCCAUGGAUAUUAUCUAUCCUUCCUGGUGCUUGCACACCUGUCACCUUGUAAAGUAGACAUUAGUGUGAACACAGGACAGCAUCACCUUUCUCUUCCUGCCUUUCCACACCAGAGACACUAACUCAUUAGGUAAUUAUACUUGGUUGAUUGUGCUUGGAGGUGGUACCACCUGUGCAAAGGUCUGACCACUCAUAGGAAUAACAGAUGGUUUACCUGUGAAUGAGCAUUAGAUUAGCAGAUAUUGGGACUUAAGGUUUUAAGAAUGAAGAUUUUAGACUCUCAAAUGCCUUAUUCUUUGGGCCUUUUGAAUAGGUUAGUAGUCUCCUGAGGAGAAGAGCAUGCUCAAUUGUGAGGAUAAGGGGCCCAGAGCACAGAAAGCCAGCCUCCCCUCAGAGCCUUCUAGGUUAAGAUACCCUGGCUCCUCCGGAGCAGCAGGCUAUGAACACACAAGCCUAUGUGGAGACCAUUUUGCUUGUAUACUGCCUUGAUCCCUAGCCUCCUCUGUCCUUACUUACUCCGUUGAACAGGAUUGCCAAAUCCAGAAGUACCUUUGUACGACUGGUCGUCGGUGGCUAGGGCUAUCUGAGGCAUAAGUACUAGUCUGUGUCCCACAAAGAUGGAGUUUGAGGCUGUUAAAGCUACAGAGUGGCCUAAGUAUAGUGGUCCUUCUAUGAGUUCAGGUGGCCAGGGAACCAUGCCUUUGUGAGACAAGAUGAAACCUGUGAAUCCUAACAAGGGGGAGUCAGUUCAGUUACAUGUGAGACCUGCAAGUUGAAAGAAGGCGUCUCCAAGGACAUUCCCAGGCAUGAAAUGGAAAACGCAAAAAUUAAGGAAUCCUGUGAAGCUGGAUACAGUCUUUAGAGUUCUAUUGUGCCUGGCAUGAAUAUGGCACCAGAAGACAUUUGGUCCCAUCAGAAGGUAUGGGACCACACUAAGAUAGUCGGCUACUACAAAGCUUUACGUGUUAGUUGAACUAGAAAAGGCUCUGAAGAUUGAGUCUAAAAAUACACUACACUGCAUCGAUCCCUGUAUAAACCAUUUGACUAAAAUUGUGAAGAAUACAGUUAACGUGUACUGAAGAUAGUCUCAGUGUAACUAACACUAAGGGUAAAAAACAAUGUAAGUACUCUUGUUUUGGUAAAUUAUUUUCUGUGUGAUUCCCUCAUCCACUGUGUGAAGUUGAUUUAGGAUAGCCCUGGGUCCUCACUCUUGUUCAUUCGUCAGACAGUUGCCUGUGCUGAGUACUUAGAAGACUGGAUUUGUACCUGGAAGAGUUCCAGUUUAAUAUGGGAGCCUGACAGAUGUACUGUAAACUAUAGGAAGGCUCAAGAUUGGGAAUUUUUCUGGGUCCUGAUCCUCUCCUGCAACUCUGGCUGUAGAAUUUUGGAUUGGCUCCUUAAGCAGUCUGAGCCUGGUUUGGGCAUCUGUAAAGUGAGGGUAGUAAAACACAGGUCUCACAGGGUUGUAAGCUCUAAAUGAACUAGUCAGUGUGCAUAGGGCAGCCUGACUAGCUCAUGCAUAACAACAUAUCAUGUGGUAGCUAUUUUAUUACAGUGUGGACCCAAAACUACAGGACCAUGGAAGAACAGGAAUGUUUUUGCCAAAGUACCAAAGAUUUCAGAAGAGACACUGGCAUUCUAAGAACAUGAGCAAGGAAGAAAAAGGACAUUUUAGCAGAAAGAGUGGGUUAGCAAGGACAGUGGAGUGUGUAGAUGGAUAUUCAGCUGAAAAGUGUUACAGAGUCAACUCUGUUGUUAUUGGGGAUUAGCUAUGGAAACAAUUCCUUCCAGAAGGACCAAUUGCAUAUAGGAGUAUAUUUGUCUGUAUACACCUGAAACUUCAAUGUACCUUUCAGUAAUUUAGAAUGUAGGCAUUAAUUUAAUAAUUUAUUUAUUUAUUUAUUUGUAUUUGUCAGAAUGGUAUCCUUUGGACAUGAUGAUUUUACAUGUAUAUCCAGUCCAGGGGACUGGUUUUCAUUGUGAUAUUCAUUUCUCAGUA